UCUCUUUCUCUCUCUCUCUCUUUGCUCUGUCCCCUUGACACUGCAGGGGUGAAUACUGAAUUCAGCUGAGCGCUUUGCUCUCCCCCUCAUUCUGUUUUCACAGAGCUCUGCACAAUGCUCAGAUGAGAGAGAGAAGGAGAGAUAGUGUGAGGGCAAGUUAAAGCGGGAGUGAGAGGGCGAGCGCAUUACAGAGAGUGAUUGAAGAGAAGACCAGUGAAAGAGAGUGUAUGCCGAAGAGUUUGCUGCGAUAACGACCGGACCCCUGGAUUACAGCGCUUUAUUUCUCUGGGCACUUUGUGGGACAUUUGAAAGGUGGUUAACCAAAAUUUCCAUGGAAAUUAGUUCUUCUGUGCAGUCAAAGCACUGUGGAGGGCUUCAUAUUAGAUUCAUCCCCCUGCUGUUUCCAUAAAAGUCACCUGUGUCCAUCAAAGGAUUUUGCAACUAACGCUUGUUCCAAUGCUCAUGGGGAACUGCCUGCUGCUGUUCCUCUGGUGCCUCUUAGACAAAAGCUUUGUGUCUCCCCUGCACUCCUCAACUCAGAGCAGAAUGGGCAAGGAGCACCACAGGAAUCUCAUGGCACAUAGGAAACAUGGCAUGAUGGGAGCUCACCGAGUCAAGAGAGGAUGGGUGUGGAACCAGUUCUUUGUCCUAGAAGAAUACAUGGGAUCUGAUCCGCAGUAUGUUGGGAAGCUUCACUCGGACAUGGAUAAAGGGGAUAAUAUGGUGAAGUACACUCUCUCAGGUGAAGGAGUUGGCUCUAUAUUCACAGUCGAGCCGAGCACCGGAGACAUUCACGCCUUAAGGAGCCUGGACAGAGAGGAGAAGCCUUAUUACACGCUGAGAGCGCAGGCUGUGGAUGUGCUCACCGGCAGACCCUUGGAACCUGAGUCUGAGUUUAUUAUUAAAGUUCAGGACAUCAACGACAAUGAGCCAAGGUUCCUGGAGGGCCCAUACGCAGCCAGCGUCCCAGAGAUGUCACCUGUCGGCACAUAUGUGACGCAGAUAACUGCCUCUGAUGCUGAUGACCCCACUUAUGGAAACAGUGCGAGGAUUGUGUACAGCAUCCUUCAUGGACAGCCCUACUUUUCAGUUGACCCCAAGACUGGGGUGAUAAGAGUUGCCUUACCCAAUAUGGAUAGGGAGGUUAAAGAAAUGUACCAGGUGGUCAUACAAGCUAAAGACAUGGGAGGUCAGCUUGGAGGGUUAGCAGGGACCACCACCAUCAAUAUCACUCUCCGUGAUGUCAACGACAACCCACCUCGAUUUUCUAAAAGUAUUUUUCACCUGCGGGUUCCUGAAUCUUCGCCGGUGGGCUCAUCAGUGGGAAAGGUCAAAGCUCAUGAUAUGGACUCUGGGAAGAAUGCUGAUGUGGAAUACAGCAUUUUUCCUGAUGAUGGAGGAUCCCUGUUUGAUAUUUACAGCAAUAAACACACCCAAGAGGGAACGGUGAUAUUGAAAAAGCGUCUAGAUUAUGAGACCAGGAAGGCUUACAGCUUUAAAGUUGAGGCUUCCAACGCAAUUCUCGAUCAUCGUUUCAUGCAUUUAGGACCUUUUAAAGACACUGCCACCGUGAAGGUUAACGUUCUGGAUGUGGAGGAGCCUCCUGUCUUCAGUCGACCAUCGUAUAGCAUGGAGAUGUAUGAGGACACAUCGGUAGGAAUUAUUGUUGGAGCGGUCACAGCCGAGGACCUGGAUGUUGGCAACAGUCCUGUUAGGUAUUCUAUUGAAUGGAAAACUGAGUCUGAAAACCACUUUGACAUUGACCCAGUUGAAGGAACUAUAUCUGUCAAUGAAGCUCUGGACAGAGAGGAAAAGACUGAACACAACGUCACUGUUGUAGCAACAAAAGUUAACAACCCCCUGCUGUCCAGCAAAGUUACAGUCACCAUCAAGGUGCUGGAUGUCAAUGAGUUUCCUCCAGAACUUGCCUUUGAAUACGAGACGUUUGUCUGCGAAAACGCAAAAGUAGGGCAGGUGAUUCAGAUCAUCAGUGCCACAGACAGAGACGUUCCUGCUGUAAAACACAGGUUCUACUUUAAAUCCCCUUCGCACAUCAGAAACAGAAACUUCACAAUCAGGGACUAUGGAAAUAACACAGCUGGAGUGGUGACCAGACGAGCAGGGUUUCGGAGGUUACAGCAGAAGGUCUACCUGGUGCCGGUAGUGGUGGAGGACAGCGGGUACCCGAUCCAAAGCAGUACGGGCACAGUGAUGGUGCAGGUGUGUACCUGCAACACAGACGGCUCCCUGUCCUCCUGCAAUUCGGAAGCGGUCUUCUUUCCCAUGGGACUCAGCACUGGCGCUCUGAUGGCCAUACUGCUGUGCAUUGUCAUUCUGCUGGCGAUGGUGAUGCUGUAUAUAGGUCUGAGAAGACACAAAAAGAAGGACAGUCUGAUGUCAUCCAAAGAGGACAUAAGGGACAAUGUGAUUCACUACGAUGACGAGGGUGGAGGCGAGGAAGACACUCAAGCUUUUGACAUUGGUACACUGCGCAAUCCCAAAGGCAUUGAUGAGUCUGCGCAGUUGCAAAAAGUAAGAUCAGAUGAUCAGGGUGCCACACCUGUUCUGACAGAAGAGGACGAGGACAUCAGAGCCUACAUCCAUCAUUGUCUUCAUGAGGACCACAUGAGUAGCUCAGAGCCUCCGUAUGACUCUCUGGUUACAUAUGCGUACGAAGGGGACGGCUCGGUGGCGGAGUCUCUUAGCUCUAUUGAGUCCUGGGUGAUUGAUUCAAAAGAGGAAUACAGAAGCUACUGUGACUGGGGUCCACAUUUCAAAACACUGGCUGGGAUAUUUAAAGAGCAUGAGUCUAAAGCCACAGAGAACUUAGAAACUAGACCACACACUGAGGAAAGAGUGGACUGAUGUCUUGUUUUGGGAAUGCUCUGUAAAAACUAUGUUUAUUUAUUUCGGGCAUGCCACUUAAAUCGAGGAGAAAUCUGUGGCUAGGGAAAGACACUCUGAAAAGGCUGGCUAUGUGCCUUUCCUAUACCUCAUGCAUAUUUUACACUCUCCUGUUCACUAUUAAGAAAAUAAUAAUAAUAAUGUAAGGGCGAGUCUUUCAUAUUGCAUUUUAAGGUCGGUUUUAUAAUCCUUCAAAUCCUUUUUUAGGAUUCUGAGAUAUGAUUUUGAUAUGAAAAGUGCCUCAUAAAAUUUUUUUUUGUUGUUGUUGUUGUUGUUGUUUAACUGUUCACAUGAUAAUUUAGUUUGAUCUAAGUGAGGUCUAAGGCUGUGUACCAUGGAGAAAUAAUGAUAAAAAUCACAAAAGCUCUCCACCCUAAAUCUCUUUUCCAACUGUUUGACCAGCAUUUAGCUGAAAUUCUGUAAUGCCUGAACUUCUCAGUGAGUAGUCAUCGCUGAUUUAAUGGAACACGCCCACAUUUUGGGAAU